GGCUAACAAACGCUGCUCGGCGCUUCUAUUCGGAUGUUUACCCGAAGAUAACCACUCAUUACACCAUUCACUCUCGAGAGAACGAUCCAAGAUGGAAAGAUGUAAGUAUGGAGCGGUUGGCAGAGGAGACAGACAUCCUCAUUAUUGGAGGAGGUCCAGCCGGGAUGGCUGCGGCGAUCAGGGCCAGACAGAUCGCAGAAGAAAAGGGAGCUGAAGUAAGGGUAACCCUUCUAGAAAAAGCAGCAGAAACCGGUGGUCAUAUUCUAUCAGGAGCAUGCGUAGACCCUAUCGCCUUGAAUGAACUCAUACCCGACUGGAAAGAGAAGGGUGCGCCUAUGAACACCCCGGUUACAUCUGACAAGUUUGGUCUCCUCACAAAGAGUGGGAGAAUACCUCUUCCUGUGUUUCGUGGUCUACCUAACUACAACCACGGCAACUACGUGGUGCGAUUAGGUCAUCUCGUGAGGUGGUUGGGAGAACAGGCAGAGGCCGCUGGUGCUGAGGUAUGGCCGGGAUGCGCAGGCGCAGAACUUCUAUUCCGUGACGAUGGGUCACUGAAGGGUGUGGCCACAGGUGACGUGGGUAUCGCAAAGGAUGGCAGCCCCAAGGAUACGUUCGAGCGGGGGAUGGAGUUCCAUUCCAAGAUUACUAUUUUCGCCGAAGGAUGCCACGGACAUCUUACGAAAAUGGUGUCCAAGAAAUACAAUCUCAGAGAAAAGAGUGAACCUCAGUCUUACGGUAUUGGGUUGAAGGAAAUUUGGGAAGUCAAACCUGAGAACCACAAGCCUGGUCUAGUAGAACACACAAUAGGCUGGCCUCUCGACAAAAACACAUACGGAGGGUCGUUUAUAUACCACUUGGCAGUACCAGAGGGUGAACCACCGUUGGUGGCUGUUGGCUUCGUGGUAGGACUCGAUUAUGUCAAUCCUUACUUGAGUCCUUUUAAAGAAUUCCAAAAGUUUAAGUUGCAUCCUUAUAUUCGACCAAUGUUUGAAGGUGGCACUCGCAUUGCAUACGGUGCUCGAGCCCUAGUAGAAGGCGGCUGGCAGUGCCUGCCUGUGACGGUGUUCCCAGGCGGCUGCCUCGCCGGCGACUCGGCCGGCUUCGUGAACGUACCGCGAAUAAAGGGCACCCAUAAUGCUAUGAAGAGCGGUAUGCUGGCGGCUGAGACCGCCAUGGACCUUAUAAUCUCGGGAGAGGCGACCUAUGACAAGGGAAUUACUCCUAAACAGUACGAGGACCAACUUCGGAAGUCCUAUGUCUACAAAGAGCUGAAGCAAGUACGUAACUGCAGGCCGUCGUUCCACACAAGUCUAGGCUUGUACGGAGGACUGGCAUACUCCGCCUUCUCUACUUUAGUGCGAGGAAAGGAACCAUGGACGCUCAGUCAUGGAGGUGCGGACCACGCAAAAUUGAAACCAGCGAAAGAAUGCAAACCAAUCGAGUACCCGAAACCUGAUGGUGUUAUCACAUUCGAUUUGCUGUCUUCCGUCGCUUUAACAGGCACAAACCACGAGGCGGAUCAACCUCCCCAUCUAACGCUACAAGACGACUCUGUUCCCGUCAAACGUAAUCUAGGCGUAUUUGACGGACCCGAGGCCAGAUUUUGUCCUGCAGGUGUAUACGAAUUCGUGCCAAUGGAGAGCGGCGACGGGCAGAGACUACAGAUCAACGCACAAAAUUGCAUACAUUGCAAAACGUGCGAUAUCAAAGAUCCAUCUCAGAACAUCAACUGGGUGGUUCCCGAAGGCGGCGGUGGCCCGGCCUACAACGGCAUGUAAAGACGUAACUAUGUGUAUAGACUGUAUAUAUACGACCACUUUUCACCGAAGAGUGUUCACCACUUUAUUAUAUUUAGCUUUUCAGUUACAAACUUUGAAAUUUGACAUUAGAAUAGUAAUCGACCAUGUUUGAAACAAAGAACACUAAAAUUUAAAUUUCAUAUUUCGGAAAAAAUUGUAAGUAAAAUUUUGUGGGAUGGGUACAGUCAAGAGCACAUGACGCUUGACAUAUUAAAUCGAUCAUAUUGCAUUCGGCAUAGAGUUGAAUGUAAAUCUUAAGUUAAACCACGAUUGAACAACCCCAUUUCCCAACUUCCAGUUGAUCGCGUUUUUCAUAGUGGUAGGAAAUAUUUUUUGUGCAUCGAAUAUGGGUUUUAUAUGUAAAGUUGUUCAGUAUCAAGAGUGAAGUCAUGUAACGAUGUUUCACGUCUAUUUUUGUACACCCUGUAUUGAAAAAUGCAAGAUAGAAUUCCGAAUAGAUAUGCGGCUAAGAAUUACAUGUAUAAUAAUGUAAAUAUUCGUAAGUAGAAAUCUCAUAGACAACUUUGUACCCUUAUAUCAGUUCGCAAGCAAAUUAAAAGUUCAGUGGAAAGCGUUUCACGAAAUUCUGUCUAUUACAGUUUUUCUUAAAUGUUAUUUAUUCUCUUGUAUUCGAAAUUGUAUUUUUUAAAGUCACUCUUUUCAUAUAUAAUAAGGAGAAAAAACGUAUAGUUUAGAAUUAUUGUAACUUUUUAGUACA